CGGAAGCGGGGAGGGACGUUUCCGGUGCGGCGGAGGAGGCUGCGGCAGCCGGUUUAGGUCGCUGCCGAGUGAGCUUUGUGGCAGAACAAAAGGAAGCCAUGGUGUGCAUUCCCUGUAUUGUCAUUCCAGUUCUCCUCUGGGUCUACAAGAAAUUCCUUGAGCCGUAUAUCUAUCCUGUUAUUGCACCUUUCAUUAAGCGUGUAUGGCCCAAGAAAGCUGUGCAAGAAACAACAGCCACAAAACAAGGUCGAGGCAGCAGCGCUGGAAACCCACAGGCACCUUCAGCCGUGAAAAGAGAUCAGGAGGAUGAACUUGCCGGUUAUAAAUUUGAAAGCAAUGGUGUUGCAAAUGGAACUGCCGCAAAGAGAUCCACAGAAGUUCCUGAAAAGAAAACGGAUUAAAGGAAUUCAUUCCUAAGGAUUUUAUUCCCUUGUGUCCAGUAUGAACUGGUGAUAUUUCUCUCACUUUGGGACUUUUUUCUUUGCACAUUUUAGUUGAAUAAAAACCCUUAUCACUUGCAGGAGAGGCUCUCUUUUGCCACUAAAAUGGCAGCUAGCACAUUUCUUAAUUUAAAAUAUUUGAAAACUAAAGUUCUUUAUUUUCCUCACUGGAACUACUUUUCACCUAUAACCUAUUUGGUGUGAUUAGAGUUUAGGUUAAAUAACUUUAUGAGUAAAUCUAGCUUUGGAAAGUGAAUGUAUCUUAGCAUCUUAGUUUCACUGCUAGUGCAAUACUUCAGGCUUUCAGCUUAGAAACUAUAGCUGUUCUUGACCUUGCUAAAGAACUACAAAUUGCAUUGUGGCAAUGUAAGCGUCAUGUUUAAAGUAUGAAGAGUUUAGAUUUUUCAUGUCAAAUCUGUGGAUGAGCUAAAGGAGUUAUGCUAUAUGCAAAAUUUACUUAGCUUACUAAAAGCAGAAAGAUUUGAUUUGAUACUUCCAUUAAUUAUUUUCUUUGAAAACAUUGUGCCUUUCUUUCCUGAAGAGGAGCAGCAGGGGCAUGAUGCAAGAGAACUGUUGCUUUAUAUUCUGUUGUGGUGGUUUAAAAUGGUGCGGCUGUGUCUUUAAAAAAACCCGACAACCUAACUACAAUCUCUUUAACAUGCUUGUGGAAUUUGAAUUAUAAUAAACUGGGAUUUUAUUUAAAAAUAAGUUGCUUCAUAUGAUGGUUCUUAGGCUUCUGAGCUGUAAAUAUUUAAAGCGGUAGCAAAAUAUUUGAAAACCUGUUGACUGGCACCUGGCAGAAGGAGGUUGUAAAACUUCUGACUUCAUGAUAAAGUGAAUUUGGCAAGUCCAGCUUUGCUUAUCUCCUGAGAUGGUGCACUCUGGUACAGACUUGCAUCCCAACAUGACAGUGCAGUUGUGAAGGGUUUUACAUGUCCCUGUGCUUAGUAAGGAUUAGAAGUGAUAAUUCCUGCUUUGCCCUCUCUGCCAAAGCAGAAAACUCUUUGCAAGAUUCAAACCAAAAUUCUGUACUGCUAUUUAAGAUAUAUAAUUUUCCCAAAAGUCAUACCUGUCUAUACAUGCAGUCCUUGAACCGUCACUGAGGGCUGGUCUUCAUGGUCUUCACAUGGUCUUGUGACUGUUUUCUCCUACAUGAUAAUUAAUUAUUCCAAAGACUUGCUCAACGCCCACCAGACACUUUUUGUGAGGUGUAGUGUUUCCUUCCCUGACCUGGUUUUGUCAGGUCUGGCGUGAAUCCAUCUGCAAUGUUCACUGCUGGGUAUCAGGCCCUGGUUGCUACAAGUGUUACCUCUGUCAUGAGCUGAAUCAGAGAAAACUCCUUGUAAAGUAUUGCCUAAUACUGUUUGCUCUCCCUUAAUGAGAUGGCUAUUAGGAAGUGAAUUUGGUAUGGCUGUUGGACCAGCUUUUGCAUCAUCCUUGGAACAUAAUCCCCCAUCUGAUCAGUGUGUCACACAUAGAGCUUUCUCCUAGAUUGGUGAAGCACCUACCCUUUGUGAUAUUAAAACCUGGUUUUAUUAUUCUGAGCAUGCACACAUGGUAUAAUUCAUACAAUAAAAGAUAACAAUACUAA